AUGAGCGACGCACCCAAGGUAGAUACCCACAAUGGGCCUGUCCACGACCCCGAUCACCUCGAGGCCGCGCCUCGCAGGUCUUCCGACAAAGGUCUCGCCGACGGCCCUCCCAAGGGCGGUGGUCCUCUGUCCGACCCAAUCUAUCGCGCCAAGGUUGAGAAGAGCAUGAAGCGCAAGCUCGACACGCGGUGUUCGCUGUUUGUUCUGAUCUAUAUCAUGAACUAUCUCGACAGGAACAACAUCGCAGCUGCCCAUCUCCGUGGUCUGCAGGACGACCUCAACCUCAACUACUCGCAGUACGCGACGUGUUUGAGUAUCCUCUACGUUGGAUACAUUCUGAUGCAGGUGCCUUCCAACAUCCUCAUCAACCGCAUCGACAGACCCUCUUGGUACAUUGCGGCAGCCAUGCUGCUGUGGGGUCUCAUCUCUACCCUUUCUGGUGUCGUCACCAACUUCGGAGGCAUGGUUGCCACGCGAUUCUUCCUCGGCUUUGUUGAGGCUGCUUUCCUGCCCGGAGCUCUUCUCAUCCUCUCGAAGUGGUACACCAGCCGUGAGCUCACCAAGCGCAACGCCAUUCUCUUCUGCGGAAACCUGAUCUCGAACGCGUUCUCGGCGCUUAUCGGUGCCGGUGUCCUGUCCAACAUGCAGGGUGUUCUGGGCCACGCUGCUUGGCGCUGGCUUUUCUGGAUCGAGGGUGCUGCCACCAUGGCCAUUGCCAUUGCGGCCGCCUUCAUUCUCCCCGAUCUGCCCCACAACUCCAAGGGCUUCACCGAAGAAGAGCUUCAGGUCGCUCAAAUGCGCAUGACGGAGGACGUCGGCGAGGCAGAUGCCGAUUCUGCCGAGCAGGGCGCCCUUGAUGGCUUCUACAUGGCUGUCAAGGACUACAAGAUCUACCUCAUGAUGAUCACCUUCACCACCUACGUCAUCGGUCUGUCGUUCAACGCCUACUUCCCUACCCUCACUGGCACCCUCGGCUUUGGAUACGUCCCCACCCUGCUCAUGAGCUCCCCGCCGUGGGCCUUCGCCUGCAUCGUCUCUCUCAUCAACGCGUGGCACGCCGAUCGCCAACAGGAGCGUUUCUGGCACAUUGUCUGGCCCAUCUGCAUGGGUAUCGUCGGCUUCGUCAUCUCAAUGGCCACCGACAACGUCGCCGCCCGCUACGUCGCCCUCUUCCUCCAGGCAGGCGCCUACGCUGGCUUCAUCGUCUUCUACUCCUGGAUCUCGUCCUCCUUCCCCCGGCCUCCGGCCAAGCGUGCCGUCGCCAUCGCCAUGAUCAACGCCUUCUCCCAGAUUGGCAACAUCAUCGGCUCCUACGUGUGGAACCUCGAGGCCAACGGCUUCCGCGGCAGCUACGGCAUCGUGCUCUCCAUGUUCGGCGUCACCAUUGUCGGCUGCUACGGCUUCCGCGUCGUGCUCGUCAACCUCAACAAGAAGAUCGAGCAGGGCGGCGCCGCGUGGGAGACGCACGGCGAUGUCGCGGCGCAGACGGCUGAGCUCGCUCAGGACGAUCCCACCAGGCUGCCUUCGACAUUCAGGUACCUCGUGUAA